AUGGGAGAACCGACAAUACCGAUUGUCAACUCAUACUCUGGCGAUAUAACUUUGAAAAAGGCUCAGUCAAGAUUCAUGUCAGAUGCCAGGGGUUUGAUCAAGGAAGGAAUUCAGAAGUUUAACGGCCCAUUUCGCAUCAUAACCAAUCUUGGGUCUCGGGUGAUCCUCCCAGCAUCUUAUACAGAGUGGCUGAAGAACUGUCCGGAUCUAGAUCAUCAAGCGCUUGUCCACGAUCAAUAUUUCGCGGCAUACCCCGGCAUGGAAGGACAGAGGGUUGUCACUGAUCCCAGAAAAAUUCUCAUCAAUGUCACUAAAACUAAAUUGAACAAUCAGAGCAGUCAAUGGCACACGGUUGAUUGGUGUCAACACGCAGUCCGCUUCAUCGGGCGGAUGUCAGCAUCUGUCUUCGUCGGCCCGGAUUUAGCUCGUGAUCCUAAGUGGCAAGAGCUAAUUCUCACUUCGUCCAUGAAUACCUUUAUGGGGAUUCGAUCUCUCCGCGCCUUGCCGGCCUUUCUUCGUCCAUUGGUUCAUUGGUUCUUGCCAGAACUCAGAAAAUGCCGCCAGCAAAUUCAUCUUGCUCGUCUUAUGUUGCAGCCAAUCUUCGACCGUAGGGCGUAUGGGCAAACUCACUCUAUUGAGUCUAAUAAGAUAGGAAACUUCGAGGAUACCAUACAGUGGCUUGAAGAAAUCGCUGCCGGACGCCCCUAUGAUGCUGCUGCAGCGCAAAUCGCAUUUGCGAUAAGCGCAAUGCACACAACUUCUGAGCUACUCAAGCAGGCCCUGCUGGAUAUUUGUAUGCACCCAGAUCUCAUUCCAGUUCUACGAGAUGAAGCACAGAAAGCCAUCGAGGAGAGUGGAUGGACAACUGCAGGCGUCUUCAAGAUGCAGCUGUUGGACAGCGCAGUAAAGGAAACGCAACGGCUCAAACCGGGAUUGUUAGUAAAUCUUGAGCGAAAAGCUCUGCGAGAUGUUAUUCUUCCCAAUGGCUUGACUAUCCCUCGCGGAACGAAUGUCGCCGUUGAUUCAUCCAUGAUGUGGGAUCCAGCGAUCUACCCCGAUCCCUUCUCUUAUGACGCUUGCCGUUUUCUUCGUCUUCGCAAAUCUGGUAAUACUGCGGCAGCACUGGCAUCCACGAGCCCGGAGCAUAUUGCUUUUGGAAUUGGCAAGCCAAUCUGUCCUGGGAGAUUCUUUGCUAGCAACGAAGUCAAGAUUGCUCUCGCUAAGAUUCUUUUGACUUACGAUGUCAGGAUUCCUGACGGGAUGGCACCCAAGAUUGUCGAGAUGGGGUUUGAAAUGCUGAGUGAUCCAGAUGCAAAGCUGGAGGUCAGAAAGCGAAAGGUUCUAUAA